CCCUCUCUCUCCUCUUGCCUCCCUCAUCUUGUUCUGCAAGCCUCAACUCAGACAUCUCCUCUUCAGCGUUGCCCAACUGCCCAGUGCAGGCUAGGGCCCACCCAGCUCAAGAUCUUCACUUGUGAGUACUGCAACAAAGUCUUCAAGUUCAAGCACUCGCUGCAGGCCCACCUGAGGAUCCACACCAACGAGAAGCCCUACAAAUGCCCCCAAUGCAGCUACGCCAGCGCCAUCAAGGCCAACCUCAACGUGCACCUGCGCAAGCACACUGGCGAGAAGUUCGCCUGUGACUACUGCUCUUUCACCUGCCUGAGCAAGGGCCACCUCAAGGUGCACAUCGAGCGCGUGCACAAGAAGAUCAAGCAGCACUGCCGCUUCUGCAAGAAGAAGUACUCGGACGUCAAGAACCUCAUCAAGCACAUCCGAGACGCGCAUGACCCCCAGGACAAGAAGGUCAAGGAGGCCCUGGAGGAGCUCUGCCUCAUGACCAGGGAGGGCAAGCGGCAGCUGCUUUACGAUUGCCACAUCUGCGAGCGCAAGUUCAAGAAUGAGCUGGACCGUGACCGCCACAUGCUGGUGCAUGGGGACAAGUGGCCCUUUGCCUGCGAGCUCUGUGGCCACGGGGCCACCAAGUACCAGGCGCUGGAGCUGCACGUCAGGAAGCACCCCUUUGUGUAUGUCUGUGCCAUAUGCCUCAAGAAGUUUGUCAGCUCCAUCCGGCUGCGUGCCCACAUCCGCGAGGCGCAUGGGGCUGCACAGGAGACCGGGGUCUUCACCAGCUCCAUCAACCAGAGCUUCUGCCUCCUGGAGCCUGGCGGGGACAUCCAGCAGGAAGCCUUGGGGGGCCAGCUGCAGCUGGCAGAAGAAGAGUUUGUGUUCCAGGGGGUGAAUGCGCCCAAGGAGGCGGCCUGCUCCGGAGAUGCUCAGCCUGAGGAGGGACGGAAGGAGCCGGAAGCCUCUGUGGAAGAGCCUGCCUCUCCUGUGCACUUAGCCACUCCCCAGGCCGAAAGCGCUUCCCUGCCACCCUAUGAGCUGGAAGCUGCUGUGGACUCCGCGGAACUUCAUUCGCACUCGGUGGUUUCCGAUCGGUUUUUGUUGAAGAAUGAUACCUCCUCUGCCGAGGCUCACGCUGCUCCCAAGGAGACCUUGGAUGCCCCGCACAGAGCCUCCUCCCAGACUCAGGGCCAAGAAGUCACACCACUGCUGUCUGAGGCCAGAAGCGCAGAAGCAAACCAGGACAUGCGGGGUGCUGAGAGCCCCCCGGGGGUGGGGCAGGAAGUGGCCGCCCCCCCACCCGAGGGACCAGACCCUAGUAAGUGUCUCAGGUCAAACCCAGGUGAGGCCUCAGACCCUGCUCUGGUAGCGGGUGCAGGGUACCUGGCCCUGCCCCAGCCUGACUCUUGCACGCCUGUCUCUGAGCACCGGGCAGGCAUCAGCGCGUUCAUGAAGAUCCUGGAUGGUUUACAGAAGAGACGGAUGAACACUGGUUUGUGUGAGAGGAUCCGGAAGGUGUACGGGGACCUGGAGUGUGAAUACUGUGGCAAACUUUUUUGGUACCAGGUGCACUUUGACAUGCACGUGCGCACCCACACGCGGGAACACCUGUAUCAUUGCUCCCAGUGCCAUUAUUCCUCCAUCACCAAAAACUGCCUUAAGCGCCAUGUCGUUCAGAAACACAGUAACAUCUUGCUGAAGUGCCCCACCGACGGCUGUGACUACAACACUCCAGAUAAAUACAAGCUGCAGGCGCAUCUGAAAGUUCACACGGAGCUGGACAAAAGGAGUUAUUCUUGUCCAGUGUGUGAAAAGUCUUUUUCAGAAGACCGAUUGAUAAAGUCGCAUAUCAAGACCAACCAUCCUGAGGUGUCCAUGAGCACUAUUUCCGAGGUUCUCGGGAGGAGAGUUCAGUUGAAAGGUCUGAUUGGGAAGCGAGCCAUGAAGUGCCCAUACUGUGAUUUCUAUUUCAUGAAGAACGGCUCCGACCUUCAGCGUCAUAUUUGGGCUCACGAAGGUGUGAAACCCUUCAAAUGUUCUUUGUGUGAGUAUGCAACUCGCAGCAAGAGUAACCUCAAGGCUCAUAUGAAUCGUCAUAGCACUGAGAAAACCCACCUGUGUGACAUGUGUGGCAAGAAAUUCAAAUCGAAAGGGACGUUGAAAAGUCACAAGCUCCUUCACACUGCUGACGGGAAGCAGUUUAAGUGCACGGUGUGUGACUACACGGCGGCCCAGAAGCCCCAGCUGCUGCGGCACAUGGAGCAGCAUGCCUCCUUCAAGCCUUUCCGCUGUGCCCACUGCCACUACUCCUGUAACAUAUCCGGCUCUCUGAAGCGGCACUACAACCGGAAGCACCCCAACGAGGAGUACGCCAAUGUGGGCACCGGGGAGCUGGCGGCCGACGCGCUCAUCCAGCAAGGUGGUUUGAAGUGUCCUGUGUGCAGCUUCGUCUACGGCACCAAAUGGGAGUUCAACAGACACCUGAAGAACAAGCAUGGCCUGAAGUUGGUGGAAAACGAAGGAGAUUCCAAGUGGGAGCCAGUGACAGAGACCCCCGAGGAGCCCUCCACCCAGUACGUGCACAUCACAGAAGCCGAAGAGGACGUUCAGGGCACGCAGGCAGCCGUGGCCGCGCUCCAGGACCUGAGAUACACUUCGGAGAGUGGUGACCGCCUUGACCCCACGGCUGUGAACAUCCUCCAGCAGAUCAUCGAGCUGGGCACCGAGGCCCAUGACGCCACUGCCGUGGCCUCCGUGGUUGCCAUGGCUCCAGGGACGGUGACUGUCGUGAAACAGGUAACGGACGAGGAGCCCAGCUCCAACCACACGGUCAUGAUCCAAGAGACCCUCCAGCAGGCCUCCGUAGAGCUGGCCGAGCAGCACCACCUGGUGGUGUCCUCUGACGACGUGGAGGGCAUCGAGACGGUGACUGUCUACACUCAGGGCGGGGAGGCCUCGGAGUUCAUCGUCUACGUGCAGGAGGCCAUGCAGCCCAUGGAGGAGCAGGCCAUGGGGCCACAGGCCCAGGAACUCUAGAGGACACACAACGUCAGGUGGGCGCCACGGGGCAGGCCUGCCAGGCUCUCUGCAGAAUGGCGCUCUCCGUGGCUCUCUCCUCUGCCAUUCCUGCCCAGGCGGCCGCAUGGGGCUCCUAGUCCUACCUUGGGUGGGCAAGGCGAUUGGCAUCACCAGCAACACAGGACCCCACCUCCAGCACAAACGCAUAGACCCCCCCUUACUCUGUAUCCUCUGCUUCCGGAAAGAUUUUGCAUCCACCUUCCACAUGGCCCAUACCGCAUCUCCCCUUUGCUUCAAGAUUCAUACAGGGACCCAGUCCCCAUCAGCAUCUGCCCCAAAUCACACUCCCAACUCCUUGACCCCGUCCAGGUGCCGAACCGUCCUCUGGGACUGCUCUGCAGCCUGAUGAAAGGGAGCCAGCCAGCACAGAGAAAGUGACCUUAUGGUUUUGAAUCACCUCUUGGGGGGUGGAGGGGAGGGGGUCCUGGCUUUAUCUACAAGAUUCUACUCCCCACUCCUCCCCCCAAAUCAAGGGCACUUGUUACCGGGUGCGGUAACCACAAUUGAUGACCCUCCCACUCCCAUGACAGGUGGGGUCUUAGCUUAUGUCUUAGAAUUCGUUUGCUUUUAAAAAAAAAAAAAAAAAAAUGCACUUUUUACUAUCCACCUCCCAUUCUUUGAGAUGUGGUGGGUAGAAUAAAAACAUUCUCUGCCUGAA